UUCGCACGUGCGUUACGUUCGUUCGCGCUCUCCGGAGCAUUUUUUUCCCCGCCCCGCUCCCAAAGUCCACCGCACACGACUAACUGCGCACUCCCAUUGAUCAUUAAUUUCAAAUAUUGAGCCGUCCAAGUGUAAAAAGUUACUCCAUCAUUUUGCCGACAAUUUUCCCAGCUAAUCAAGCCCUUCCCCGAGUGUGCGCCCAAUCAAUUGUGAAUUUCCGCACAUUUUCGGUGCUUUUGGUUUUGGGCGGGAAGAUUUUGUGGAGUUGAUGCACGCGGAUAAUUUUGACUAGUGGCGUCUGUCCAGUGAGAGCGGACGAAUCACGUGCCUCUGGAGGUUACGGGCGACGUGCAAUACCAAUCGUGAAUGAAUAAAAUAAUUACCGUACCAACAGAGUGAUUUUGAGUGGCUGGAUCAUCGAAAUUUAUUGUGCAUUGUCGCUAGCCGCCUGGAGAUUGUUCACGAGUGAUAGGGAUUUUUGAUGAGACUCCCGCUCCCAGCGUCUACCAUUCGAAUACCACGUAACCAACUCAUUCCACCUCUAGCACGCAAGUGCGUGCGACGUUGCCGGUUUUCGAUGCUGUGAAAGCCCCGCGGUUUUACGAACACACGGGGUAGAGGAUCCGAGGAGAGGCUCGUUAUUACGGUGUUGCCAGGAGAAAAAAGAAGAUAGAAAUAAGUGAGACGGAGAGAGCGUCCAAGUGGGAGGAGUUGAUGCUGGUUUAUUUGGGUGGAAGUGAGGGAACAAUAGUUGAGUAGACUUUUGACCCAGUGAUACUCGGGAUCGUAGUAAAUGAGUGUUGCUAUAGUCAUUAAAAAUCCUAUUUUCAAUCACAAAAACGAGGGGAAAAUCUCCCGGGGGGGGGAGAUAAUUGCUCAGUUAAUACACGGAGCGGAAUAGUGAGGUUUAACCUUUCUCCCGCGUCGACUUUCAUCAUCGAAAAAUCGGUCUGCACGGUUGCCAAGCCGUUGAUUCCGGAAAAUAGUGAGAGCCUAGGACUGGAGUAGUUGAUAAAAAGUUCGAGUGACUCGAUUAAAGGUUAGAAACGACUGUUUCUAGUGCUGCUCCCCGAAAUUGACCAAUGAAGCCGAGGACAGUGACACGAGUGAUCGUUCGUGUGUUCGAGUAACGGAUAAACAGUGAAAUUGACAAUUGGGCGGGCGGUUUUAGUGACCGCGUUAAUUGCUGAAAAUAUGAGCGCAAGGGUGAUGAAUCCGGCGAUGAUGAGUGAGAUGGGCAGGAAUUUAGGGGGUGGUAAGAGGGCAUCGCCUAAUCGCGAGGCAUUGGCGAGAGUCCGACGGGAUUUGUUUGGACCGGUGGAUCAUGCAGCAGCGCGGGCGCUGGUUGAUAGAGAGCUGAAGGCGCAAUCGGUGAUCGAUGCUAAGAGAUGGGGCUUUGAUUUUCGCCUGGAGAUGCCCACCGGCAAUUCCAAGUACGAUUGGCAGGUUAUUGAGCCGGGGUUGGGGGUGCAGGAGACGUAUGCCCUGAGGGGGAUGCCUUAUCUGGGGAAGCAGUCGUCCAGGUCGCCGAGGAAGGCGAGUCCUGGGUGGAAGAGACGGGGGGUCAGUGUCUCGCCGAUGGCCACCGAUGGGCACUCCCAGGGGAAGACGGAGACGACACCUCCUCAGGUUGCCAGGGUGCCUGGCAUUGGCGAAGGGGCCGGUGAGGAGGUGCUCGCCAACGAGAACUCCAGGAAGGAGAGGGCUCAGGUCGAGCCUACUACUCCUGUGAUAACCCCGGCUGCGAGGAAGCAGAGCAGUAUCACAGACUUCAUGAAAAGUCGCAAACGUACGCUCAUCGGCACCAAGAAGAUCAUCGUGGAGCCCCCGGAGAAGAUUGCCCGCAACGCAGGCCAAAUACGCAGCUAAACCCAUCAUCACAUAUCAUUUUUUACAUCUCCCCUAUUUUACUCAUUGUCAUUCACAUCGGCCUCAAAAAUUCUUUUCCCUAAUUUUAAAAUUAAAUCAAUUAAGUUCCUCUACCAUCCUGAAUUCUAUCUCUUUAUUUCUCUUCAUGAUAAACUGACUGAGGAAAAUAAAUGAUUGCUCGGGUGGUACAUCGCAGUCUGUCCAGCAAUAUCGAAUAUUAGUGGAUUAAUACGACGUGAUUCCACCGAGUCCUUUGGCUGUGCCAUUAUCUUCACGUAGAUUUAUCCGCCUGAAGCGCGUCAUCCCCUUAAUUAUCGACUUUUUUUCUGUUCGUUUGCGUAUUGGGAUUAUCUCGUGACUCAUUGGCGCAAACUAGUGGUACAAGCGUGAGAAAUUUCUCAAUAUAAUUAACAUUUGAGGGGGGAGGGGGGGUAUUGUUUUUGAUUCAUUUGUCUUGGCACAUCAUCAUAAUCAUUGUCCCGAUGAUGAAUUCUAAAAGAAAUUGAGAAUAAAUUGGAAAAUCUAUUGCGAGAAAAGGAAGUCAACAAUGAAGAAAAUAAUUAGGAUUCAUAAUCGCUAGGCUUAGGCUAGCGAGAAGCUAGAAGAAAAAAUAUGACAAGUGUCAAAAUUUAUUGUAAUAUAUUUACAUAUAUUUUUUUUUAUUCAUUAACAUCGAUGUGCGCGAUUUGGAGUUUAUAAAUGAUUUAUCUAGGUAAUAGACGCUCAGCGUGGAAGCGCACACGCCAGUUUAGAUAAGACUAGUUGUAAUUUAGGAUUAAGAACAGAGUAUAUGUAUUUUCUAGGGGCCUCUGUCGGCACUCGAGGUGAUAAUCGGUUUAUUUCGCGCUUGGCGAAGUGUAUUAUCCGCUAUUUCUGCUUUUCCUGUUUUUCUUGAUUCGAUUUUAAUGUUUCGAUGAAGUUUUGAUGAGUUUUUUUCCUUGAAAUUCUGUCGAAAUAUCUGUUUUUUGGUUUCGGAUGGGGAUAAAUAUCUCUGGGGGAUUUUUGAGUUGAUUCCAGAGGAUAAUAGCGGCCAGUUGUAUUGUACUAUGUCACUAUUAUCGCUGAUACCUCCUCCGGGAAUAUCGUUCUGUGUAUUAAAUCAAAAAUGCUCACUAGUUGGAGAUUAUUUUAUUCCGAUUGGAAUCGUAAAUUAAUUAUCAGGAGGUGGGUUCAAAUUUCCAUCGCGAAUAUCUUCGAGAGGAAGAGGUUUAGAAGAAAAUGUGUUAAGAGCUUUUUUGUGGGGAAUUUUACGCCCUAGCAAAAAGGUCCUCAGGCAUUUAUCUGUAAACUCGAUAGUUUCGGAGAUAGUAGCGAGUUAAGCCGAGUGAAUUUUUUGAGCUUUCACGUACUGCUCUACGUCCCGCCCGAAUCAAGAAAAAUUGUGACGAUCAACAUAAAUCUUCAUAAAGUAAACGGUCGGAGUGUUUGCGACGAGCCCAUUAAAGCCACGUCCCCAAACUCGCGGACUAACCUUUCUUCGACCUCGACUUUUUGAAGAAAAUCGUUGAUUUUCAACUCAUGAAACAAUUUCGUACUAGAGUUAAGGAAUUUUAUUUGCGAGGAAAAAAUGAUGGGACUGAUUCGAUUUACAGGACGUUCAUCGUAGUUGUUGGAUUGUGUACAAUUUUUAAAGAAUUUUUCUAGAUUCUAUUUAUACAUUUUUAACAACUGAGAAGGAAAAUCUGCAGACGAUCCCACGUGUAAGAAGCGAAUUCGCACGUGAAUAACUAUUAAAAAUCGUACAUAAUCUGACGGUUAUUAUAAACAUUCUGCCUAAAUUCCGUAUGAAAGUCGUCAUUUGCCUUUUCCAAACAAAAUACCUUAAUAAACCAACAAGUCAAGCGUGAAUACCGAUCGAUCCUCAAGGCCAUCACCAGGAUACCCCCGACAAAGCCUAGCCUUAUUCUACGUUACCCAAGAGUUUAAGCAUUGAUCUCCUGUACGAACCUACAAAAGUACAGCCGAUGCCAAAUCACCGCCCUUUUGCUUCAUUAAUUAAUUCUUUCUCCCUCUUAAUUCCUGUUGCGAGACCAAGGAAGUUUAUUUCCUUCCCCCAUCUAAAAGAACUAUCCAAAAUAAAAGAUACUUUAACCAACAGUAAAAAUGUUUUUCUGAUUUAUUAUAAAAAAAUUAUUCGAUUGAGUGAACACCGGAAAAUGGAGAAUAAAUGAAUUUACAUUGACAACAGGAGAGAGUUGAUUUUGGCCAGAGUCGUGCCUCUCUUUACUCAUUCAUUCUUGGUCCUCAGAUUGACUAAAUAAAUAUUAAUCGUGUUUUUUUCAACAGUAGCUCGGUACUUCUCGUGCAUCCUUUCCUUCUCCCCCCCCCUCCCUUCCAAUUUUGCGGUCUUAUCACUACUAUCAUAUCGUUCCGUCUCCCAUGUUUUUUUUUCUCUUCUAUUUCGUUUCGAGAUUAUAGUCAAAAAAUACGACUAGUGGUUACAAACUAUUUCUUCGAUUUUAAACAAAAAAAGGUACAAAGGUGAGGGACAAUUCUUUCGAUUGAAUUCUGUAAUUAUCAGUGGUGAGUUGUUUAACGUGAGGAGCAGUUAUUCGUGUUCCUCAAAUCAUGUUGGAUUAAUUAAAUUUGUGAAAUUCGGAAUUCCGCAGAAACGGUGAAUCUUUGAGGUAUUUUUUAUCCUCAAAUCGAUCAAAUUCAGAGAUUUUUGUUGAUUUUUUUUUAAUCGGGAAUUUAUUCUUUUAUUUUUUUUAAAUCGAGUCGAAGGUACUUUUCUUCAUAAUCAAAUUCUUCAGUGUAGGGAAUAAGUAAAUUCAUCGGAAAAGUAGCUGUGGGAAGAAAAAAGCCUAGAAAUACUAAAAAAAAAAAAUAUUGAAACAAAACAAAUAUGUGUAACCCUGUGAUGUAUUAGUAUGAUCUCAGUAAACAUAAAACUAGUGUGUAAUUUUUAUGUGUAAAUUUACGAUUUAAAAAUUAUUGUGGUGACGAGACGGAGUUGCAGAGGAGUGUAUGUGUGUGUCAGAUUGAAUGGGUGAAAUUAUUGAAAAAAGAAAAAUUCAAAGGCAAUGAGAAACAAUGAAUUAUAUCGAAUAAUUUUGCAACGGCCGUGCAGAGAGCAUCCAGUGAAUUUAUGCCUCAACUUUUUCAUAUUUCUUCUUUAAGGUGCACAUUGUAAGCAUUUCACGUCUAGAAGUAAUAUAAUUAUAAAGAAAAAUAGUGAUAAGAGAGUCUAAAUGAAAUAACUAACACAGAAAUAGAUACAAUGCUAUUGUUUUUGAAGAAAAAUGAUUAAAAACAUAUGACGAAUAA